AUGGCGACCGAGACCCCGACCGCCUCCCCCACCGCCCGCACCCUCUCCGCGGCCUUCGCCGACGACCGCCGACGCGAGGACAGGCACCGGGCCGUGCCCGCCGGGCUCGUCAAGCUCAUGCUCCACCGCUGGGGCGCCGCCUGCCUCCCCAAAAGCAGGGCCGCUCUCAGCGCCCGCGCCCGCGCCGCCACCCCGCCCCCGCAGACGCAGACCCGGCCGUUGUCCGCGUCGACGUCCCCGGCGGCGCAGGUGCCGGCACGCCAGGGCCACGCGGACGCGCGGAAUGUCGCGGCGAGGAGGCCUUUGAGGGAGAGAGAGGAAGCCGCCGCCGUCGCGGUCGCCCGAGCGCCGACGCCGACGGGAUCCCAAGACAAGCCCGUGAAGGCUGCGGGCGGUGGGAGCGGCGAUACGGCCACCACCGUUUGUAGAGGAGCAAACAUCUGGGUGAGGGUCCCGCGCAAGCGAACGUCGUCGCCGCGGGUGGACUCUCCGCAGCAGCUGUCGGUGGAAUCGACGGGGUCGGCGGCGGACGACGAGUACGUGUGGGCGGACAGGUACCGGCCCAGUCUGCUCGGGGAAUUCAUCUGCAACAAGGCCGUCGCCGACGAGCUCCACCGGCUGGUUACGGAACAAGAGUGCAACCAUUUCAUCUUCGAAGGCGCGCAGGCGGUCGGGAAGAGAAGCAUGGUGCUGGCCCUUCUAAGGGAUGCUUUUGGUCCUCAUAAUCUGCAGGUACAGGAACACUCAAGGAGGAUGGAACUGAAGGGAGAAAUGGCCAGACACAUUGAUGUGAAAGUCAAGAUUUCAGGUCAUCAUGUGGAGGUUAACUUGGCUGAUUUACAUGGCUACGAGAAUCAUGUCAUAACCUCUUUGCUAAAUGAAUCAAUCCUGCCACCAGACUCGAUCUGCGAUCAUACUAACUGCAAAGUGAUUGUGGUCCACGACGCUGACAGACUCUCCUCCGAUUUUCAACAUUAUAUCGGUUGGUUUCUGGGAAGGUAUGCAGGUUGCAACAAAAUCAUCUUCUGCUCCUCCGAUUCUUCAAACCUUGAGGCUGUGAAACAUCUAUGCAAGGUCGUCACGCUUCAGCCACCUUCAUUUGAGGAGAUGAUCAAGGUUCUGGAGUUCAUUGCUAUGAAAGAAGGCAUAGAUUUGCCUCGCGGAAUUGCCAGUAGAAUUGCAGUGAGCGCAGGCAACAAUCUCCGACAGGCAAUACGUUCUUUUGAAGCUACAUGGAGAGCAAACUACCCAUUCAUAGAAGGUCAACCUAUUCUGGCAGGAUGGGAGGAAGAAAUAUAUAAUGUGGCCAAGAAAAUCCUGGAGGAGCCAAGUCCAAAGCAGCUGUAUCUCAUUCGGGGGAAGAUCAGAAAAAUGAUUGAGCAUAGCGUGUCACCUUAUUUCAUUUUCCGUCACCUGGUUACUGAACUGAAAAGGGACAGGGAUAAAGAUUUUCAGAAUAGCGUCGAUGAACUGGCAUCGGAGUUUAACCAUUGCGCAGGCCGCAGGUUUCAGAAAGAACAACUCAAAGAAUACAGAUCUCAGGACACAACUUUGGUCAUCAGUAUAGAACAUUUGUCCAAGGAAGGCCGUGACCAAGGGGAAGCCAUCCAACACUUCAUAAAGAUUGAAGAAUUCACCGUGAGGUUCAUGAGCUUCUACAGAUCCUGGCAGAAUUCACCGCGAGGUUCAUGA